GGUUGCACGCGUCGAAGGAAGUGUGUAUGCAGCUAGUCAAGAAGGAAUAUUUGCAGAUUUUACCUUAUUUUCCCCUUAAUUCUAUCUCCGUUGGUCUCGCCGAUCUUGUAGGCCGUAGAAGGGGAAAUAGCUAGGUUGUCUUGCAAAAGGAAUGGCAGAUAUGCCGGAGCGGGCGGCAACGGGGACAAACGCUACGCAAAACAGCACAAGUAGUCAUGCAGACCCGUUUCAUCGCAAAUCACUACGUAAACCGCCGAAAACUGGCCAGAGAAAGCAACAAGGGUCUUCAAAAUUUCGUACUCAAGUUAAUGUUGAAUUACAAUCGUUGCCGCUAUUAAAAGAAGCGAACACUGGAGAUCAGCAAGAACUUUUUGUCAAAAAAUUAAAGCAAUGUUGUAUUAUUUUCGAUUUUAUGGACCCUGUAAGCGACCUUCGAGGAAAGGAAAUCAAACGAUCCACGCUCAACGAGCUUGUGGAAUACAUCACCUCUGGUAGAGGAGUUCUUUCAGAGCCAGUCUAUCCCGAAAUUGUUAGUACGGUUGCAUGUAAUAUAUUCCGAACACUUCCUCCAUCAGAGAAUCCUGACUUUGACCCAGAUGAAGAUGACCCUACUUUAGAAGCAUCAUGGCCCCAUCUUCAGAUUGUCUACGAAUUCUUCCUUCGAUUUCUUGAGUCCCCAGAGUUUCAACCAACAAUUGCCAAAAAGUUUAUCGAUCAAAAAUUUGUCCUACAGCUGCUGGACCUGUUUGAUAGCGAGGACCCAAGGGAAAGGGAUUUUUUGAAAACUGUCCUACAUAGGAUAUAUGGAAAAUUUCUUGGUCUUCGAGCAUUCAUUCGCAAACAAAUCAAUCACAUUUUCUUGAAGUUUAUUUAUGAAACUGAACAUUUUAAUGGUGUUGGUGAACUGUUAGAAAUUUUAGGCAGCAUAAUUAAUGGUUUUGCAUUGCCAUUGAAAGUGGAGCAUAAGCAAUUCUUAAAUAAAGUACUUAUCCCAUUGCACAAAGUUCGAUGUCUUGGACUUUAUCAUGCUCAGCUAGCAUACUGUGUGGUACAGUUUCUGGAGAAAGAUGCUGCUUUGACUGAACAAGUGAUCAAGGGCUUGUUACGAUAUUGGCCAAAAACAAGCAGUCAAAAAGAGGUGAUGUAUCUUGGUGAAAUUGAAGAAAUUCUUGAUGUAAUCGAACCACAACAAUUUAUCAAAGUACAGGCACCUCUUUUUAAACAAAUUGCAAGAUGUGUGUCAAGUCCACAUUUUCAGGUUGCUGAACGAGCUUUGUAUUUUUGGAAUAAUGAAUACAUAAUGAGUCUGAUCGAGGAAAAUUCUGAUGUCGUUCUACCAAUAAUGUUUAACAGUUUAUACAGAAUAUCCAAGGAUCAUUGGAACCAAACGAUCGUAGCGUUGGUUUAUAAUGUUUUAAAGACGUUCAUGGAUAUGAACAGUAAAUUAUUUGAUGAUCUCACUUCAUCAUACAAGGCCGAUAGACAGAAAGAGAAAAGGAAAGAGAAAGAAAGGGAGGAAUUAUGGAAAUCUUUAGAACAAUUAGAGAUUGAUCAUAAAAUGAAGCGAAACUUUUCAUCGUCUAAAACGACAGACGAGAACGUCACGAUUGCUAGUGAUGCUGCGCCCGAAGUAGCACCGUCCGAGGAUGAUUGUACAGCCUGAAGUUGAAUACCUGAAAUAUGUAAAAAUAUCAGUUAUUGAGAGAUUGGUCGUGUCAUUCGCCGGAUGUUGUCAUUUCGAGCGAGAAUACGAACAUUGCUCUCGAAAUCCGAAAGCGAGUGGUAAUUAGCAUAAUUUUACGCUGGACGCAAACGAACCAACAAACCGCGCGUGCGCGGUCACCUCAAUUUUUAGAGAUGGAUACGUAAAUAUAUAUAUGAAAAAGUUGUUUGCCUGCACGCAGGUUGUACUUAAUUUAGGUGUAAAUUACAAAGUCUAACAUGAUUUCAGAGCUGUUGUAAAUACAAGCAUGUUGUUCUUGAAAUAUGAUUGAAGGAUUCUGAAUGCACUUAAUCAGAUAUGCUACCGUCAAUCUCACUUCUGUAUUUGUUGAAUUGUGUGGACAAAAUAAUAUGAUUUUCCUCCAA